GGGACACCUGUAGUGGAAGCAGGAGAGACAUCCAGGCAGAAGCAGCGCUCCACACAACCUUCUCUGAUAUUCUCAGCUCUUUGGGGCCCCGCAGAGGCGAUCCUGCUGCAGCGGGGGUAGAGGAGGAGGAGACCCGGGAAAGAAAAUAAAAAGUUUGGAUUCUCCUGGAGAACAAGAGUUUUGACUCGUAUGAUGUCUGUUGUGGGCGCACAGCCUUUCAUCAAACCAAUGCAGACCUCUCCUUCAGUUUCGCCCGGCAUCCAGCGGAGACACACGCUCCCAGCCAGCGAGGUGCGGCCCCUCAACACGCAGGACGCCAUCAGCGUGUUUGAGAUCGAGAGGGAGGCUUUUAUCUCAGUGUCAGGAGAGUGCCCCCUUCACCUGGAUGAGGUGCGUCAUUUCCUCACGUUGUGUCCAGAGUUCUCCAUGGGCUGGUUCGAGGAGGGCCGGUUGGUGGCGUUCAUCAUCGGGUCUCUGUGGGACCAGGACCGGCUCACCUCGGAUGCACUGACCCUCCAUAAGCCCUGUGGCUCCACCGUCCACAUCCACGUCCUGGCGGUCCACCGCACCUUCAGGCAACAGGGCAAAGGCCCCAUUCUGAUGUGGCGCUACCUGCAAUACCUGCGCUGCCUGCCCAACGUGCGCCGAGCCGUGCUGAUGUGCGAGGACUUCCUCAUCCCCUUCUACCGCAAGUCAGGCUUCAAGGUCCUGGGCCGCUGCGCCAUCACCGUUGCCAACCUCACCUUCACUGAGAUGUGGUACCCGAUCAGCGGCCAUGCGUACAUGCGGCGUAACAGCGAGGCGAUCCGCUUUCCUCAGAUUCCCCUGACAUUGCCGCUGGCAAAUACCGAUGAGCAAGUUGAUAUAUGACUCUUUUUGUUUUCUUUGUGGUGUUUUUUUUUUUCUUUUUUUACUGGAAUCAGGCACUUUCACACAAAGCCGCUCAAAUGCUGUAUGGGGCCCUGGGCAGAAUUUUAUUUGGGGUCUACCUCUUUGUCUUAUAACAAUAUGUAGCAAACUAAAAUCAUCUUAGAUUAUAUUGAUCAGUCUGAGGUGCUGAUUAGUUUUGUUUUAAUAGAGCUCUGUACACUACACUAUGGUAAUACUGGGACAUUUUACUAUAUUCU